AUGAGGAUGCAUGGACCAACGAGACCAAAACAUGGACCGACGAGACCAAAUCAUGGACCAGCGAAACCAUACCAUGGACCAGCAAGAUCAAACCCGAGCGGAGGAAUGUUAGUGUCGUGGAAUCCGACAGAGUCAAGGGCGGAUUUCGUGGUGGCGAAGGACGGUUCGGCAGCUCAUCGGUCGAUAAAUGAAGCAUUAACCGCCGUUUCAAGAAUGGGUAAAAGUCGGUCGCAUAGAGUGAUAAUCUAUGUAAAAGCGGGUGUUUAUAACGAGAAAAUCGAAAUAUAUAGAGACAUGAAGAAUAUCAUGCUAGUUGGUGAUGGUAUGGACCGUACAAUUAUCACCAAUAACAAAAACGUCCCUGAUGGUUCCACGACUUAUGGAUCAGCCACAUUCGGGGUGUCCGGAGAUGGAUUUUGGGCACGAGACAUGACGUUCGAGAACACGGCAGGGCCACAUAAACAUCAAGCCGUGGCAUUGAGAGUGAACUCGGAUUUGUCUGUAUUCUAUCGAUGUAGUUUCAAAGGAUAUCAAGACACUCUUUUCACGCACUCGCUCCGUCAAUUCUACCGCGAUUGCCACAUUUAUGGUACGAUUGAUUUCAUAUUUGGAGAUGCGGCUGUAGUUUUCCAAAACUGUGAUUUAUUUGUGAGACGGCCUAUGGAUUAUCAAAGCAAUAUGAUAACAGCUCAAGGAAGAGACGACCCACAUGAAAAUACAGGCAUUUCGAUCCAACACUCAAGGGUCAGACCAGCGCCAGAAUUUGAGGCGGUUAAAGGCCGGUUUAAGAGCUACUUGGGCCGGCCGUGGAAGAAAUACUCUCGGACCGUGUUUCUCAAGACGGAUCUCGAUGGGUUGAUUGAUCCGAAGGGGUGGACAGAAUGGAGAGGCGAUUUCGCUCUGUCAACGUUGUAUUACGGCGAGUUUAUGAACACCGGAAGUGGAGCGGGGACUAGUGGAAGGGUGAACUGGCCUGGAUUUCACCGCCUUCACGGCGAAGAAGAGGCUUCUCCGUUCACCGUCAGCCGAUUUAUACAAGGGGAUUCUUGGAUCCCUAUCACCGGUGUGCCGUUUUUGGCCGGGGUCUAA